UGUAAAAGCCUAUAGUUAACCACCAUUUAAUGACAUUCCGGCUUCGUCACCCAUAGCAGUGGCUAAAGCCACCAUAGAAACAUUUAUCUGAGUGCAUAUAACUCGGGUGCUAAUGAUUGGAUGAAGACUAGUAGAUGAUUACAUGGCUGCGGCACGACUUUAUAAGGGGCUUCUUGUCCGACACACCAUAUGCUGUUUUACGCCCGACCACCCGAGGGGUACGCAACAUAAUGUCCGAUUAGAUUGCCCGGACUCAGGGCUACGGGACCUUAUAAGUAAAGGUCGUCUUCCUGUCGAAGCGAGAAAGAAGCUAGAGAUUAGAGUGCCACUACUUAUUUUACCCCUUACUAGCUGCUUAUUCCUAUCACCCUAUUUUUAACAUUGGCUACAUUAAGGUCAAUUACCAGGUGUGUAGCUUUGGUGCCUUAAAGACUCCAAGAUGACCGACCCCGCGAUACAUGCCCUGGCAAUAAGCGCUCCCGAAUUCGUUGAAAGAGUACUUGGAGACUGGGACAACAUCGAUCAUAGACGAAAGGGAUAUAACAACUCUACAUUCUUGGCGAAUGAGUUGAAGCUAUUUGGCCUACCAGAGCGUCGCAAUAUGCUCAAGGCUGACUUAGAGCUAGCCCGUGUCAUUUCUCAAGACUUAAAAGAAGAGAAGUUCAAGCUCGAAUUGGCAGACUGUUUCAAAGGGUUCAUUGAUGUGCUCAAAGCCAUUUCACAUGUGGCUGAUACUGUUUAUGAGGAAAUGGGGCGUAAUUGCGAAUCAUGUACGCCAAAAGCCAACAACCAACUGAAGGAUCUGAUCGCAUCCUUCGAAGAGAAGUCUGCCGCAUUUCAUCAAAUGAUUUUUAGCCUGGCCGCAAACGUCAAGGAAACGUCGGCUUGUCUGGUAGCAAGCAAAGACUUGAGGCUCAUCGACCAACCAACCAAGUCCCCAACGAUUAGUGGAAGGACAUAUCCAGCAAAAGCGUCGUAUACCCAGUCCGAGAAUGAUCUGCCCACCGAAGAGGACGUUCUGGUCGAGAAGAUAUACACUGUUAUAAAAUAUAAGAAGGAUAUGGCUGCGGGUUGCCAGACACUGGCAUCCAAGUUGAUGCUUGCAGGACCCAAUUGGAACAUACCACGCCUGAUAUGUUAUCGAAACGAUGAAAAGACGAAUUGCAUGGAUUUCAUUUUCAAGUACCCUCAUCCAGAGUUGAAGCUGCUUAGCCUACACCAAUUGUACACGAACGGCAGACCAGAGCCAACAUUAAAUAUUCGCUUGAAGUUGUGCUAUCAGAUCGCCGCCGCCGUGCUUCAGGCAUACGUACUCGGUCUUACCCAUAAACACAUACAACCCCAGAAUCUCCUCGUGUCCACCAGAGAAGAUAACAUAUGUGUAGAACAGGCCUCUCUCAUCUUAACUGGCUGGCUAAACCCUUGUUCGAGUGAGUGUCAGCAGAAGAGCGAGUCAGCCUUCUCCGAACUCAUUCAUCAGUACCCGAACUAUAGAUGCCGGGGGGAUACGCCCAACGUGGACUACAACAUUGGCUAUGACAUCUAUAGUAUGGGCGUGUGUAUGCUUGAACUGCUCACAUGGGAGCUCCUGGUUCGACCAGUUGGCACCGAAGAGGUUCUAUCUGCUGCUUAUCAGCGCGAAUUUGAGCGUCAAGAAAAUGGCCAAACUUCAGAUACCCCUUCAAACAAUGACCUCAGCGAUGAUAAGAAUCACGAAUCACUUAUACAGCGCUACACGAAGGAUUCGGAGAAGGUAAAGAAUACCCUUAUUGCCAUAACGGAAACUGAGGUCCGAAAAAGGGCUGGUGACAAUAUGGCGGACUUAAUUUGUCGAUGCCUUAAUUGCUUGGAUCCUAAGACUGGACUAUAUGAUGUGGACACUCUGCAGCAAAAAAGUAUUGUGGUACAAAUAUUCCGUGACGAAAUCUUUCAGAGAUUCAACAGGCUGCUAUCUGUCAUUUAAAGUAUAGCCCUUUACUUACAUACCUAGGUAGAGUAUUGUAUUUUAAUAAUAUUGUAUUUUGAGCAUUGUUAUGCGUUUUUUUCCGAAACCGACCAAUCAAAUCGCGGAUAUUUGCACCGCAUAGAACAAUUACCCCUUACCAAAAGCUCCGUGAUCUUCGAACUCAAAUAACUUCUUCAAUACCCCAUUUGAUGGGCUGCAGCAAACCUUAAAAUUCUUUUCUCAAUUAGGCGAACAACUUGAAUCUAGUUGCACCUUUUUAAGCCUUCUCUUUAUUGAGCUCGAUAUUAAAAGGCAAAUUCCUCACCCUAAAUAAGAUCCAAAGUGAUGCAACGAGUUUAUUUCAGUUGAGCUGAUUCGGCGCAAUGGAUUGA